AUGCCAUUACCGUCACCAUCUCCAUCAUCUCCAUCAUCCCCAUCACCCCCAUCAUCCCCAUCAUCCCCAAUCAUCCCAUCAUCCUCCAUCAUCCCCAUCAUCCCAUCAUCCCAUCACCCCCAUCAUCCCCAUCAUCCCCAUCAUCCCCAUCAUCUCCAUCAUCAUCAUCAUCCCCAUCAUCCCCAUCAUCAUCCAUCAUCCCAUCAUCCCCAUCAUCCAUCAUCUCCAUCAUCCCCAUCAUCCCCAUCAUCCCCCCCAUCAUCCCCAUCCCCAUCAUCAUCAUCCCAUCAUCAUCCAUCAUCCCCAUCACCCAUCAUCCCCAUAAUCUCCAUCAUCUCAUCACAUCCAUCAUCCUCAUCAUCCCCACAUCAUUCCCAUCAUCCCCAUCAUCAUCAUCUCCAUCACCCCCAUCAUCCCCAUCAACCCCAUCAUCCCCAUCACAAUCAUCAUCCAUCUUCUCCAACAUCCACAUCAUCCCAUCAUCCCCUUCAUCGCCAUCACCCCCAUCAUCCCCAUCAUCCCCAUCCCCAUCAUCUCCAUCAACUCCAUCAUCUCCAUGAGCACCUUCAUCCCCAUCAUCCCCCAUCAUCCCCAUCAUCUCCAUCAUCUCCAUCAUCCCCAUCAUCUCCAUCAUCCCCAUCAUCCCCAUCAUCUCCAUCAUCUCCAUCUCCAUCAUCAUCAUCCCCCAUCAUCAUCCAUCAUCUCCAUCAUCCCCCAUCAUCCCAUCACCCCCAUAACCCCCUUCAUCCCCAUCAUCAUCCCUCAUCAUCUCCAUCAUCUCCAUCAUCCCAUCAUCAUCCAUCCAUCCCCAUCAUCCCCAUCACCCCCAUCAUCCAUCAUCCCCAUCCCCAUCACCCCCAUCAUCUCCAUCAUCCCCAUCACCCCCAUCAUCUCCAUCAUCCCAUCAUCCCCAUCAUCCCCAUCCCCGAAUCCCCAUCAUCUCCAUUAUCUCCAUCACCCUCUCAUCCCCCAUCACCCCCAUCAUCUCCAUCAUAUCCAUCAUCCCCAUCAUCUCCAUCAUCUCCAUCACCCUCUCAAUCCAUCAUCAUCACCCCCAUCAUCUCCAUCAUCCCCAUCAUCCCCAUCAUCCCCAUCAUCUCCAUCAUCCUCCAUCAUCCCAUCAUCAUCCCCAUCAUCUCCAUCAUCCACAUCAUCCCCCAUCAUCAUCCCCAUCAUCUCCAUCACACCCAUCAUCGUCAUCAUCUCCAUCAUCUCCAUCAUCCACAUCAUCCACAUCAUCCCCCCAUCACCGCAUCAUCCCCAUCACCCCCAUCAUCCCCAUCACCCCCAUCAUCCCCAUCAUCCCCAUCCAUCAUCUCCAUCCCCAUCAUCCCCAUCAUCCCCAUUCACCCAACAUCCUCAUCAGACACAUCAUCCCCUCAUCAUCAAACCCCAUCACCCCCAUCACCCCCAUCAUCCACAUCUCCUCCAUCAUCCCCAUCAUCCCCAUCAUCCCCAUCAUCAUCCAUCAUCCCCAUCAUCUCCAUCAUCCCCAUCAUCCCCAUCACCCCCAUCACCCCCUUCAUCCCCAUCAACCCCAUCAUCCCAUCAUCCCACAUCCCCAUCAUCCCCAUCAUAUCCAUCAUCUCCAUCAUCCCCUUCAUCCCCAUCACCCCCAUCAUCCCCAUCACCGCCAUCACCCCCAUCAUCCCCAUCAUCUCCAUCAUCUCCAUCAUCCCCAUCACCCCCAUUACCCUCUUCAUCCCCAUCAUCCCCAUCAUCCAUCAUCCCCAUCAUCCCCAUCAUCCCCCAUCAUCAUCCAUCAUCCCCAUCAUCCCCUUUCAUCCCCAUCACCCCCAACAUCCCCAUCACUGCCAUCAUCCCUCAUCAUCCCCAUCAUCUCCAUCAUCUCCAUCAUCCCCAUCAUCGUCCCCAUAA